AUGGAGCCGGAAACUAGCCAGAAGCAUCUCGAGCGUCUUGCCCGGGUACGGGAGAACCAGCGCAAGAGUCGCGCACGAAAGCAGGAUUAUAUUCGAGAACUAGAGCAGAAAUUAGCCUCGUCCAAUAAAGAAGCUCAGCAGAAAGAUAUCGAGCAUCGCUUGGAGGUCCAGAAAGUGCAAGCAGAGAAUCGGCAGUUGAGGACGCUCCUGGGAUCGCUGGGAAUUUCACCAGAGCUGGUUCAACAGUAUCUGCAGUUAGCAGACCAAGGAGCUUCUGCAAAUCGAAAAGUCGCAAUUCCAGCAGUUCAUCGAUUGACAGAGCUACCCUCUAUAGCGCCAUAUACUGAUCCAACCCCACAGCCAAAUUGCAAUCCCCAGGUCGCAUCGAGUGCAUGCAGUGCCGCCACUACAGAGUUACCCGUUACAGUUGACUCUCGUGAAACUUGCGAAAGCACCCCGACCGAGACAGAGAUGAAAGAUUCCCAAGAGCCACAGUCACCAGUUCAACCACCAAAACAGACGCUUCCAUCACUCUGCAAAUGUCCAUCAAAUACCAAGGAAUUAUCCCCUACAACUAAUGAGGAUGUUCUCAAUACGACGCUUUGCAGCAUGGCUGAACAAUUGAUUGAGCAAUACAACACGCAAGGAGUUGAUAUCGAAGAGAUUCGGGGACGCCUUUGGGCUGGUUUCCAAGCAGGCGCCUCUGGAAACGACUGUCGAGUUGAGAACCAGAUGCUAUUUCAAGUAUUGGAUGAGAUUAGCAACAACAUUUGA